CACAUUAACAACGGCAGAGGAACAGACUGACUUCUCCCUCUCCGGCUUCAUCACCAAACCAAGGCCCUGCGACCUGCCAUUGUUGAAGGCUUUUUUUCUUAUUUUAUUUGGAUUUCUUCUUCUUUGCCACCAUGUCGACGGCUGUGGAAGCGGUCGGGUUCAUCAUGUGCAUCAUCAGCUGGUUGAUCACCGGAUCAGCGCUGGCCAACGACUACUGGAAGAUCUCCACGGUGUCCGGCAGCGUCAUCAUCUCUCAGAGGCAGUUUGAGAACCUGUGGCAUGCCUGCGCCGAAAAUAGCGGCGGAAUCGCCGAGUGUCGAGACUUCGAGUCGCUGCUCGCCCUCCCCGCUCACAUCCAGGCGUGUCGCGCUCUGAUGAUCAUCUCUCUGAUGCUCGGACUCGGAGCGAUGGUCGUCGCUCUGCUCGGACUCAAGUGCAUCAAGAUCGGAUCGGCCACCGAACAAACCAAGGCCAAGAUGGCCGUCAUCGGGGGAAUCCUGAGUAUCCUCGGUGGUCUGUGCUGCAUGAUCGCAGCUUCGUGGUACGCCUCCAGAGUCGUGGAGGACUUCCAUGAUCCGUUCACCGGGGGCGUGAAGUUUGAGCUGAGCACCGGUCUCUACAUGGGGUGGGGGGGGUCGAGUCUCUCCAUCUUGGGCGGAGCUUUACUCUGCGCGGCCUGUAAGAGAGCCACACCUGCAGGAAAGAAAGGCGGCUAUUAUGGAACCAAGCCUCAGAAAGUCUACACGGCAACAGCCAAAUCUGAGCCAGAUUCUUCAGCCAGAGCAUACGUCUAAACAUACACAAACAUAAACACACACACACACACACACACACACACACACACACACACACACACACAC